AUAUGUCAGUCUGUCACUCAAACCUAACCUACAAAGUGUAAUUGUGUAAUUUGUACUGGCCACGAAAAAUAUAAUUAAGUUUCAUGUUCAAAGUAAUUGUGUUAUAUAUCUUUACUACAUUGCAAUAGGAAAUGGGUGGAAAACAUAAACAAGCACAAAGAACGAAGAACAAUGCUAGGCCCUCCAGCAGCUGUAGAAGUGCCGAGCUUUUAGGGACAACCGUACCACAAUUUGUGGGUUUUUCGGCUAUGAAAGAAUCCACAGCAAUGUCUGGAUUUUCUCUUGCCACCGAUGACAUGGAUGCCUCUAUAGAUCCAAAUUUUCAGCUAGUUUUAAAGAAGAUGAGCAAAAAGGAUGCCACCACCAAAUCAAAGGCACUUCAAGAAUUCACUGAACUUAUUAAAACAUCAGAUAUUGAAGCAGUGAUAGCUGUUUUGCCAUUUUGGCCAAGAUUGUAUUGUGUUUUGGCUACAGAUACUGACCAUAAAGUACGAGAAGGCACGCAUAUAGCUCAUCAUCAAGUCGUACUUAAAAGUAAACGAAAUUUGGCGCCAUAUUUGAAGCAGUUUGCAGGUCCAUGGUUUACAUCACAAUAUGACACAUAUGCACCUGCAGCUAGUGCUGCUACAAAAUCAUUUCAGGAUGCGUUUCCAAAAAAUAAAAUCAAGGAAGCUAUUGCGUAUUGUCAAGAGGAAAUCUUAUCUUACAUUGGUGAAAAUCUUACAAUUCAUACUUCAAGCACCUUAAGUAACCCAAAGAUCACAUCUCCCGAAGAUGCGGAGGCUAAAUACCAACGAGUUUUAAUAUCGAGUCUUCACGGAUACACCUUGUACUUGCAACAACUAUGCACAGAUGAGAUUGAGAAGCAAGAAGAAUUAAAUAUGAAAAUUAUUUCAGACAGUAAGUUUUGGAAGUUUGCCAAAAAUAAAGUACUUCCAAUUAAAUCUGCCUGGUAUUGCGUGAUAUCGUCAAUAUGUCAAAAAUCGCCCACAUUUUUGAAAAAAGAGUACGCGCAUAUUGUUGGAGCUGUUUUUUCUGAUUUAGACGAGAGCGAACCCAUAGUUGUCCAAUCCUUAUGGGAAGCAAUUCUUUCUGUUUUAUCCACAAUUGAGGAAUGGUGGCAGUAUGUUAAUAUUGACAAGCUGGUUUUUCCAAAGUUGUGGAAGUUGUUAAAAGAAGGUGGAUUUGGAAAUGCUUAUGUGAUUUUUCCUAAUUUACUACCUCUGAUUUCACAUCUGCCUCCAAGUAUUGACCAGAAUUCCACUUUUUCCUUAUUCUUCGAAAAUAUGUUUAAAGGAAUGAAACAUCAGUCAUCCACAAGAAGUCGACAUGAAUCAUUAGCUAUAUCAACAACAUACGUUGAGUGUUUGCAAUACGUGAUCAUGAAGAACCAUUCGGAUAUCGGUUUCUGCGAAAAAUUAAUUCGAAGUCACCUGUUUCCAGUUCUGGAAUGGAGUCUUACGGAUCCACAAGCAUCCUACAAAGGUUUUUUCAAUCAGAUUUCGAAAAUGAUUCAAUACUGGAGUAAAAAUAGCAGCAGUGAAAGCUUUCCUCACUAUAUUAAAUAUUCUCAAUUUUUCUGGAACAAUUUAAAUUCGUUGUGUCAAGGUUUACUGUUAAAUUUAGAAAUUUCAUACGAUAAAGAGCUGCUAUCACAGUUUUCUUCAAGGCAAAUAGAACUGUUGCAGUCACUUAAGCACAUCGUUGCACACAAACAAUUGAAAGUGUCAUUUUGUGCUAACCAAUCCCCUGAAAACAUUACUGGUGAAAGUCACACUAUGGUUUCGUUACUUGUGGACAAGUCUUAUAUGGACCUGUUAAAUACUGUUGUGUAUAAAACUUGUGCGAGUUAUGUUAAAUUCAUAAAUGAAAAACAUUCUAAGGAACUGAUUGAGUGCUUGGGAUCUUUGGUGCAAGAUUUUGACAGCGAAUUCUUCUUCAGACGUUUAAACGCAGAGUUUGAAGGUGAAAAUGUGAAGGAAAAUUUAGUAAACGUUUACUGGAAAUUGUUGCACAAAUGGUUGAGCAAUGAAUCCAUAUGCUCAAAUUCCGUUGUUGAGUUAAUCUUUUUGUUGUUUAAAUAUUUGAGCGACGAGUCGAAAAUGGAAGUUUUAAAUAGUUUCGUUUUGUUUCAAGGUACCGAUUGCUUCGGUUGGUGUAUUGCUCAGUCGUUGUCACAUCCAUAUAAUGAGGAUGGUACAAUUCAGAAAUGGCUACACAAGGAUGAGGUUAGCCAUUUCUUAACAUCUAUAAUGGAAAAAGAAUUAAAUGAUACAUCUACUCCCGAGUUAAAGUUAAUUUUGAAAAAAGCUUUUAUGGAAAAACAAAAUGGAGACUUGUAUCUAAGUUUGCCUGCAAUUUCUGACAUAGUAAUGGUCUUAAAUAAAUGUUUACUGCGUCACGAGGAGUAUUCUGCUACCAUUGAUAUGUGUGCGAGUUUUGCUGCACAUAUAUCGGCUAUCUUAUACUCGCAAAAUUAUAAAUUACAAUUCGGCGAUGAUCUUUUACUCGCUAUGUUCAAUUUAUGUUGCUCUUCGACUUUAGACCCUGAUAUUAUUUCAGUGGAUACAAUAUGGGAAGUAAACACUGCGUGGCAAGAUGCUAUUACAGUAUUAGCUCAAGAAUUAAGUUGGGUUGAAUUUGAAACAUUGUCAUCAAAGUGUGCCGAUGUUGUAACAAAUGCAGUAUUUGAUGAUACCAGCGAUUAUAAUAUAAAUCACAUGAUCAAAGUCAUAGUGAAUUUUAUCAAAUGUAUUAACGGGAAUCCCAUGCGAAUAUGGGAUAUUUUGAAUUUAUUCCUAUUUCGCGAUUUUGUCCAGCCUUGGAAACGUACACUGGUAAAUGUUUGCCAUUCCGCCGAAUAUGCCGUGGGUCAUCUGUGCGCACCAUUUGAGCCUAUUUCUUUCGACAGCAGCUUUGAUGAAUCACUUAUAAGUAAAUAUUUUAUUUGGAUGGAUUUAGUUGCUGAUGUUCUUGUAACACCUACUGCAACUUUAACUGAAGAGACUGAUGAAGAGGAUGAUAAUGUGACAACGACUGUUCAAACAGUGUUUAAUUCAGUUUGUGUGUCUGACAUUUUGGAGUUACUCAUGGAAAUGUUGGAAUCACUAACUAUAGCCACAAUGUUUACAACACAUUAUGCAUGCACAAGGCACAGUGAAAUUGUCUCAUCACGUAAGAAUUCAAUGCAGUUAAAACUUAAAACUAUAUUUAAUAACAUGGACACACAAUCUGUGGUACAAGUAGAAAACCGCAUUCGAGAGAAUUUAAUUAGAAAUAGCGGAGUGUCGGUAAACGUCCUUCACUUGUACCUUUCAAAAAUUGUUUCGAAAAAUCUAAGUGAAGAAUAUAGAAAAUUAUUGGAGGAGUGUGAUGAUCAAUUGAUCCGUUUACAUUUAACGCAAGCAUUUGCAAAAUAUGCAAAAUAUGAGCAGGUAUAUGACUGCUCAAGUGAUACUGAACGUAUUAUUUAUUUGAGAACAUUAAUGCAUCUAGAUCAACUUGAAAUACCAAGUGCAGAGAUUUUUAAGAGGAUUGCUAAUAUUAAUCAAGAAUCGAAAUCUCACUUCUUGUAUGAGAGUAAUAUUGCAAAUAGUAUUACUUGGAGUGAGGUAGAGUUGAUCAUUGAAUGCAUGCGGCUGUUUUCUAAAACUUUACAAAAUCAACCGCACGGUAUAAACAGUAACCAAUGGGAUUUUAUGAUUGUUACUUUUGUAACAUGGACAAAUAAUAUAGCAAAUUUGAAGUACAAGUUUAGACGAUUACAGAUUAAAUCGCUUAUUGGUGCCUUAUGUGAAUUAUUUGUAUGUGUAUGUGAAUAUGUAAAAAGCUGUGAUAAAGAAAGUGUUAAAAACGAAUGGACUGAGGUUUUUGCACAGGAAAUUAAUAAAGCUUUUCUUGGAAUGUGGUUUUAUAUUAGUGCGUCUUAUAUGGAAAAUUCUAGUGAAAUACCAAUAGUAGAAUUGCCCUUCCUAGAAAAAUUUGGAGCCAUUAUUGACCAUUUAGAUUGCAAACUAUUAUUUAACAAUCCAAACCCGAAGCUACCAAAAUGGUCGAAGCUAGUUACUCAAAGUUGCCUACUUCUUACACAUUCUGUAAACGUUCUACAGAUGUGGGGCUAUCACAUGCUGCAGGUGUUAAUUCCAGGAUUAGUUGAACUUGAUUUGGCGGCAGUUACAACAAACACUCCUCACGAGAAAGGGCUGAUAUUUAACCAGUUCAGUGAUACAUUAAGCAACAUUCGGGAUGUAGUGGACCCUUUGCUAAAUGAGUUUAAGUUAGGGGAUGAUAGCUGUAGAAUUGAGCCGUACACAGAUUCGUAUACUUACACAUCUGCUUAUUUUUUGCUAUGGGAUAUUUUAUUAUCUCUUUGUGAAUUUUCGUCCACAGAACUACGAUAUCAAUAUGCUGAUUGGCUUAAGAAUGAAAAUUUAUUAAAUAGUCUUUUGGAUAACAUUUACAAACUAAUGCCUAUCGAAGUGAUGCAUCAGUCUGAAGGAAAAAGUAAGCAAUCCGUUGACCUUUUUUCUGGUAAAUUUUCCACCAAGUUAUCAGGUGCUUGUACCAGUAGAGUUAUAGAGCAUAUGGUUUGUUGGUGCUAUUUUUCGGCUUUGUCGCAAUUACCUGCGCUAGUUAGACAAUGGUGGUCACAAAAAGAACCUCGCAUUUCUCAAAUUGUUGAAAAGGUCACAUCAACUUAUAUAUCUCCACAACUUUGCAGUAGAGAAUUUAGCGAAAUAAGCAAGAAUGAGACCAAAUUUAAAAAUAUGGUGAUUAAGGUGCAUCCAAGUGUACGAGAGGUUGUUGCAGUGUAUACUGUUGAUGAGGCUCAAAUGGAACUUGUAAUAACACUAAAAAAUAAUUAUCCACUUAGUAGUCCGGAAGUUCAGUGUAAUAGACAGAUAGGUGGUACAUCCCAUAGGCAAUGGUUAAUGCAGCUGAAAAUGUGUGUUCUUCAUCAGAACGGUAGGAUUUGGGAUGCACUUUCUCUGUGGAAUAAUAACUUAGAUAAAAAGUUCGACGGGGUUGAAGAAUGUUAUAUCUGCUUUGCUGUUUUACAUCAAGGAACUUACCAAUUGCCAAAGCUCUCCUGCCACACCUGUAAGAAAAAAUUCCAUUCUGCAUGCUUGUACAAAUGGUUUAGCACCAGUAACAAGAGCACUUGCCCUAUAUGCAGAAAUUUGUUUUAAUUGUGAUCUUACCUCUACUCGUAAUUGCAGUUGUAAAUAUAUUGUGAAGUAAUAUUUUUAAGAUAGUCCAUCAAUAUAUUUUCUUUUACCUGUUAAAUUUUUA